CUCAUCAAAAGACAAUAAGAGUAAUUUUAAUGAACCUGAAGAUGAACAGAUAAUUCAUUCGGAUGAAUUACGAGAUGUCAAAGUGACAAUCUACAGAAAUACUUCGGAACAUACAACUGAAACGAUUGCAUUUCGUCUCAAUGCUACGAACGCGAAUAAAAUAUUAUUAACUAGAAGAGAAGGAGAAGGGGCGAAGCCCAUAUUCGAUCGAGAAGAAAUAAAAACUUCUGAGGAAAUACCGAAUGAAGCCGAAGAGCAUCGUACUAUUGAAUUAACUAGAACACUAACGACAGAUAAAAAAAACGAUUCAGAACAAAGUUCUACGACUAGAAAAUUUCCACGUUCCCCAUCUUUUAGUCCUAAAAGGCGUCGCUCUACAUCCUCGAGUUUUCGUAGACGUCGCUCAAUAUCCUCGAAUCUUCGUAGACGUCGCUCUGGGUCUUCGAGUUCUCGAUGGCGACGUUCCGAAUCGCCGAGUUCUCGAAGACGACGCAGUCCUAGUCCCGGCAAGCGCACAAGCUCACGGUCAGGCGCACUUGAGUCAAGGCGCCACUCCGAUACCCGAAAAAGUAUGAGCCGCGAAACGAGGAGGCGCACAUCAUCCGAAGAUUACAAAUCUAAAUCAAAUGUCCAUUGUACAAAAGAGUAUAGAGAGUCUCGAGAGAGAAGGAAAGGUCGUUCGCAUGAUCGGCGAGAAAGACGGGAUUCUUCGAGGGAGCGUCGGCUUUCUCCAACUUAUUUCGAGCGAAUGCCAUUCCCCGGCCAUUAUUGGGGUUACGUUCCAAGGCCAAUGCUGACGGGACCACCGAUGCCGCCAAUUGGAAGGCCGAUGAUGUUUGGGCCCCGAAUGGUGCCACCGAUUAUGGGACCGAUGAUUAGGGGUCGUUUUCCCGCUCCAAUGUAUCCACCUCACGACUCCCAAUGCAAUAAGAUGGCCGCGAUUCCACAGGGAGCAUUUGCAGCGAUCCAAGUCCGUAAAAAUUUUAAACGCUUGUCCAAUACGAAAUACGGAGAGGAGGAUGAGGAUAAGACGAAGGGCGAGAAGAAUUAUGAAUUCAACUCUCAAGUUCUCCAAGAAGGAAGAGAGCCGACACCGCUAAAAUACAAUAGCAAGCUGAUGAACAGCAUCUGGGGCCUGUACAAUCGUUACUCGGUGCACAACUUCAAGAAGAUCGACGCCAAUGAGCCGAGCCUGCUGGCCGGGACCUGGGGGGCCGUUGUCGGGGAGGGCCCCGGGAUCGGCGGCCGCUGAUUCGGGCCAGUUGCCCGAGGGACGGGGGCCCAGGACGGAGCCGCGACUUAUCUGCGACUUGUGGCGCGUCCGAGUCGUAACGCGCGAUAAUUUACAUGGAUGCUGGAUGAGUUAUUGUAGUCUAUUAAUACAUUAGAGUGACGCGAUACAGUACGAGUGUAUCUUGUCUUGUUAUUCCUUGCCCUCGCUUAUAGCUAAAAAGGAGAAUUCUUUGUAUCACAUCACGUCAGCAGAAUAAAUGUUUCAUUAUUACUUUA